AUGCUAGAACUUGCUAAAGCGGGCAUUCAUAAGCCCAAGUUGUAUCUUAGUCUGUAUGCAGGUACUUCUCCUGAGCCAUGCACGUUUGCUCAAGCUUCCAAGUCUACUGAUUGGCAGCUUGCUAUGCAGAAAGAAUACGAUGCUCUUGCCCAAAACUCCACUUGGCAGCUAGUACUUCCUCCUCCCAAUGCUCAUAUUGUUUGCUGUAAGUGGGUUUACCAUCUCAAAUUACAUUCUGAUGGUUCUAUUGAUCGGUAUAAGGCCCGUCUUGUGGCCAAAGGUUACCAUCAAGCUGAAGGUUUGGAUUAUUUUGAUACAUUUAGUCUUGUUGUCGCGACUGCCACUAUCAAAGUUGUGCUACAUUUAGCUGUUAGUAAGGAUUGGCCUAUUCGUCAACAUGAUGUAUCUAAUGCCUUUCUUCAUGGUGAUCUUUUUUAA